CUCAUAUUUUUAUCCAUAACAUUUCCAAAAAUUUGGUAAACUAUAAUAUUGGCUGAAUAGUAUACGUCACGAAUGCGCACACCAAACAGUAGUAUUGAGUUUUUUUUUUUGGGUAUUUAACAUAAAGAUUUCAUUAUUAAACUUCGCAUGGUAUUCAUUAACGUAGCUUGUUACUAUGGCAGGACAUCCUAACUUUACCUAUUGACCUAUAUUCAGUUCAAAAAAUCAACAGCAGAAAGUACUAUGGAGACCAACCCAUUUAAGGAAUUUAUAAAUUAAUAAUUAUAAAGCAUAAAGAAAUAUGCAAGCAGAUCAACAGCARAGUAAACGUACACGCUCAUACGUGGAGGAGGUUUUCCGGCUAAUUGAAGAAAAACCCGAUAUAGUGGAUAUAAUUAUAUUGAACAAAAAUGGAAAUCCCGUAAAGACAACCAUGGAAAAACAAAUGGCUAUUGAGUUUGCUGGCCUAUAUGAAAUAUUGAAGGAGAAAGUACAAUUGGGCUUGCAAAAGAUUGAUCCGAAAGAUGAGUUAUUAAUGCUACGUGUGCGCACGAAAGCGAAUGAAGUACUUAUAACGCCAGAUGGAAAAAUUACUGUGAUGGUGGUACAAAAUGCGCGGGAUAGAAUCCAGCUAUGAAAUGUUAUUCCAAAUUUUACAAAACCAAAUUACACAAAAAAUAUAUAUUGGUGGUUAAAUAACGAAA